UGGUCACCCUCAGCGCGUUUGGAUCAGCUGCUUACCUGUUUUUUUAAGGUUUUGUUUGGACUAAGAGAAAACUUGGGGACCAGGAGAGGAAGUACUUCAAAAUUUGGGAUUUUGUUGAUUCAGGCAGCUGCACUUAAAUUAAAGGGAAAUUAAUAGAAGAAACAACAAAGGAAACAGUCAAAAGUUUUGUCAGAUUUGCAGCCGCUGCGUCUCCAUUUGUGGAACGAAGGUUAUGAAAUCACAGGAGCAAUGUGCUUUCUUUUCUCCCUUUGACGCACCGAGACAGAUCACUGCUCCUCGUUCUCACAGGUCAGACGCUUGCGUGGAUGUAAAAAACGCUGGUGUUAGCGGAGAGUUAUAGGCUUUGGUUACACCUCUCCUGGCGGAAACUCAACCCUCCUGACUGUCACUUCUGACCGCAAACCGGAGCUCCACGAGCUGGAGGUGCCGCGGGAGACGCUAUGAGACGAUUCAAAUACUGAUGUGAUGGGCUGUUGAUGGAGAGCAGUUCGAAUGUCAGCCGGGACAGUGGUCAUCGCAGGAGGAAUUCUGGCUACAGUCAUCUUACUGACCAUCGUUGCUGUACUGUGUUUAUGUAGGUUGCAGUAUUACUGCUGUAAGAGGGAGGAGUCUGAGAAGGGGGAAGAGGAAGAACCAGAGCUCGCCACCAUGUCGCCCACCCGACCCCUGGCUCUCUCUGCUCCCCCUACACCUCCGACACCGGAAAGGUAUGGUGACGAACCAGAGACUUACCCCCCGACCUUUCUCACUGAGGCCAACGGGCCUGUCAGCUAUUCCCCCACACCGCCACCACGCAGGUGCCAGCGCUCACACGCCUUCUGCCAGUCCUGCGCCCGCUGCUCGCUGCCCUUCUACCUACAGCAUCCAGAGAGGCUGUGCAACGGCGGCCGCAGGAUCAGCUACAGGACUGUGCAGCAGCAGGACCUGGAACUGCCCGUGGACCUGGCGAGCUUCUACCAGAAGUUAAAUCUCAUCCGCUCCGUCACCAUGAGGGAGGUGGUCACUCACAGUGUCAGCACUGAUGUCUAGGAGCAUGCAGGGUGGAGGCAGUGCCAUCCUGUUAGCCUGGAAGAAAGGCUGAUUUAUACAAACUGGGCUGUGCAAACACGCCAAAUUAACAAGUUUAAUGUGUUGUGCUAUGGGUGCAGCAUUAAUACUGUGUUGUACUAAUGUACUGCAACACUGAGGGCUUUUGGGUGAUGUACCACAUCUCCUGGCAGCCAUAUCGGAGGGCUACAGUUCUGGAGGAGCCACUAACAGCUAAAGGCAUUUCUGAUCUAAACAGUCUGACAAACUUGAAACAACAAAUUUUUGUGAGUUUUGUCUGAUUUUGUGUGUAGAGAAUUAUCUUGUUUGCUAAAUAGCUAGCUAAUAUAAUGGUAUCAAAGUAUAAACAAUUAAGAAUUCAAGAGUUUUCUAGGAGAUUUAACACACAUUUUGUUUGUUCAAAUGCACCACACAAAAGCCAGAAACAAUGGAAAGAAAUCUGAAUUUCCUUGUGAGGGUAGUUAUCGAACCAUCUACCAGUUUCUUUAGGCUAACCAAGUUUCUUUUAAAGGAUAUUAGUUUAAACUAAUCCUAUGUGAAAACCAAAACCAGUAAUGAAUGUGAUGCAUUCAACAAUGUUUAUUCUCAAUAGAUUCAAUCCCUCACACACCGUGCUGCUGCCCCAAAUACUUAACAGAGCACCAAAUGUGGAUUAAUCCGCCGCUGAAAAUAGUUCCCAACAAAUACACUAUUUCUUCCUGUUUGAGAAACAUUUGAUGAAAACUACAGUGACUGUGAGUUUUAGGGAAUUACUGAGCCUUGUUAAAAUCAAUUAAAUUCAUACUUCUGAAGUGGUUUUAAAAAUGUGUGACUUAGUAGGAAUCAGGGGGUUUAUAGAGGUGAGUUAUAAACAGGGUAGAGAAGUCAGAAAGUACUGAAAGACACACACACACAUUAUUGGUUUUGGACUUUCAUGGGAUUUGUUUGUAAAAACAAUAUUGAAAAAAGUGUAUUAUUUAAGCUUCAAAUCAACACACUGACUUCACAUACAGUCACAAAUGCAAAUCUAAAUCAGACCAGUACUCCAGUACUGACCAUACAGUAUAUAUGUGUAUUUUUUUAUAUGUGUGUACUUAUUAUAUCACUUGAUUGUGAUUCAUUUACGCAGUGGAAAAAAAAAAGAAAAGAAUGGAUGUUCACACAGACAAACCCUUUUUUGUGUGUACGUUUGUUUGUGUACCAACAACUGUACAGUGUCCAGUAACAUCUCACCUUUUUUUCUUACACAGUGGAAUUCCUCCACGUAACACCUCAUAAG